GCACGGCCCCGCCGCCCGGUCCCCGCGGGGGCUCCGAGCCCCGGGCUCGGUGUUAGAGCCUCGCCCGGGCGGACGCGGGCCAUGGGCACGGCGUCGUCCCUGGUGAGCCCGGCGGGCGCGGUGGGCGAGGUGAUCGAGGACACGUACGGCGGCGGCGGCGGCGAGGCCUGCGAGAUCCCGGUGGAGGUGAAGCCCAAGGCGCGGCUGCUGCGCGGGUCCCUGCGCCGCGUCGGCGGCUCCCGGCCCGGCGGCCUCAUCGGCGCCAGCUUCAAGUCGACGGCCUCGGUGCAGGAGCUGGAGUGCGUGGCCGAGUACGAGCGCCUGAGGAAGGAGUACGAGAUCUUCCGCGUCAGCAAGAACAACGAGGUGGCCUCCAUGGUGAAGAAGGAGGCCAAGCUGGACAGGGAGAACAAGCGGCUGCGCGCCGAGCUGCAGGCACUUCAGAAAACAUACCAGAAAAUACUUAGAGAGAAAGAAAGUGCAUUAGAAGCUAAAUACCAAGCCAUGGAGAGAGCUGCUACUUUUGAACAUGAUCGAGACAAGGUCAAAAGGCAAUUCAAGAUUUUUAGAGAAACUAAGGAAAAUGAGAUUCAGGACUUACUGAGGGCCAAACGAGAGCUAGAAGCAAAACUCCAGAGACUGCAGGCCCAGGGGAUCCAAGUGUUUGAUCCUGAAGAGUCUGAUUCUGACGAUAAUUGUACAGAUGUUACAGCUACAGGGGCACAAUCCGAAUACUGGAAUGGAGGAGUGUUGGGAAGUGAGCCAUCCAUGGGUAGUAUGAUGCAACUUCAGCAGUCUUUCAGAGGUCCUGAAUUUGCUCAUAGCUCCAUAGAUGUCGAGGGACCAUUUGCAAAUAUAAACAGAGAUGAUUGGGAUGCUGCUGUUGCCAGUUUAUUGCAGGUUACUCCUCUGUUUUCCCACUCACUGUGGAGUAACACAGUAAGAUGUUACAUUAUCAGUACUGAUGAGACUCAGCCAGAAGUGACCAUCUUCAUUAGAAACUACUCCCCAAAACUUCAGAGAGUCUGUGAAACAAUGGGGUACUUCUUUCAAGUUGUUAAUUUUUCAACAGAGAAUGAAAGGCCUCUUCAGGAUGUAAGAAAAUGGGAAAUUGAGAAAAGUUCUUUAGUCAUUUUGCUCCUGCAUUUAACUUUGCCAAGUUGUUUGUUGGAGGACUGUGAAGAAGCCUUCUUGAGAAAUCCAGAAGAAAAGCCCCGGUUAAUUUACCACAGAAGGGAGGAUGGCAAAGUCAGUUCAGUCUCAGUGCAACAGUUAAUUGAGCAAAUUUCUUGCAUGAACAAAGCAAAGAUGAUUGACCAUAUUGGAGGUAUGGAGGAAGGAGCAUAUGAAAUCUAUAAUUGUGUGGAAAAAAUAAUUAAACAGGAUAUAUUGGGGUGUGAAAUGACAGACCUAGAAGGCAAGGAUUUGGGUAAUAAGGAAGACUCCACUGCUCCUGAAGAAGAAGUUUUUGGUGAUGUAUUGUGGGAUGCACACGAUGAACAAGAACAGAUGGAAGCUUUUCAGCAGGCCUCUAAUUCAACAUGUGAGCUGGGAUUUGAGAAAUAUUUUGAACGUCUGAAUGACCUAGUAGCAGCACCAGCACCAAUUCCACCACUGCUUGUAUCAGGAGGACCAGGCUCUGGGAAAUCUCUCCUUCUGUCAAAAUGGAUUCAAUUACAGCAGAAGCAUUCACCAAACACUCUCAUUCUUUACCACUUUGUUGGAAGGCCCAUGUCUACCAGUUCAGAAUCUGCAUUGAUAAUUAAGCGCCUUACUCUGAAGCUUAUGCAACACUCUUGGUUAGUGUCACCUCUGACUUUCGAUCCAGCUAAACUUCUGGAAGAGUUUCCCCGUUGGCUGGAAAAACUUUCUGCACGCCAUCAAGGCAGCAUUAUUAUAAUUAUUGACUCUAUUGACCAAAUACAGCAAGCUGAGAAGCAUAUGAAGUGGUUGAUAGAUCCACUGCCAGUGAACGUGAGAGUGAUUGUAUCAGUGAAUGUAGAAACCUGUCCGCAGGCGUGGAGGUUAUGGCCCACUCUUCAUCUUGAUCCACUGAAUUCCAAAGAUGUUAAAUCUCUCAUUAGUGCAGAAUGUAACUCUGCAAAUGUUAAAUUGACUAAAGAACAGGAGAAGAAGCUUGAGAGACACUGUCGUUCUGCCACGACUUGCAAUGCUUUGUAUGUUACUCUCUUGGGCAAAACCAUUGCUUGUGUUGGAAAUACAGGAAAUAUUGAUGAGAUUCUUCAGCAGUGUUGCCAGUGUCAAGACACGGUGUCACUGUACAGGCUUGUUCUGAGAUCAAUUCAGGAAUCAUUGCAGAGUGAUAAAGAGAAAGAUCUUUUGAGAGAGAUACUGUGUGUCAUUGGUGUCAGUCACAAUGGGGUGAGUGAAUCAGAGCUGAUGGAGCUUUAUCCUGAGCUGACUUCUGCAGUGCUGGCCUCGCUCCUUCAUAGCCUGCACAAAAUGUGUCUGCUGACAUAUGGCUGUGGUUUGCUGAAGUUCCAGCACCUCCAGGCAUGGGAGAUGGUAAAACUAGAGUAUAUGGAAGCAGGUGAAAAUGUUAUUUCUGCCUAUAGACAAAGACUAGUGGACUAUUUCACCAUGCAGUUAAGUCAAGACCGAGUGACUUGGAGAAGUGCAGAUGAACUUCCCUGGCUCUUCCAACAGCAGGGAGAUAAGCAAAAGCUACACAAGUGUCUUUUGAAUCUCUUUGUAUCCCAAAACCUUUACAAAAGGGGACAUUUUGCAGAAUUGCUGAGUUACUGGCAGCUGGUUGGGAAAGAUAAGAGCUCUAUGGCAGCUGAGUAUUUCGACUCUCUGAAAGAAUAUGAAAAAAGCAGUGAGGGAGAGGAAAGUAUGAUCUGCCUGGCUGAUCUUUAUGAGACCCUGGGACGGUUUCUUAAGGACCUAGGUCUUCUCAGUCAGGCUGUAGCUCCUCUGCAGCGCUCUCUGGAGAUUCGAGAGACGGCGCUGGAUCCAGACCACCCCAGGGUGGCACAGUCACUCCACCAGCUGGCAGGAGUGUAUGUUCAGUGGAAGAAGUUUGGAAAUGCUGAGCAGCUGUAUAAACAGGCAUUGGAAAUCUCUGAAAAUGCCUAUGGAGCUGAACACCCUCAGGUGGCCCGUGAACUUGAUGCACUUGCAACCUUGUACCAAAAGCAGAACAAAUAUGAACAAGCUGAGCAACUGAGGAAAAAGUCCUUCAAAAUACGCCAAAAAGCAGCAAAGCAGAAAGGCAGUCUGUGUGGCUUUGCUCUCCUGCGUCAAAGAGCCCUGCAAUUGGAAGAGCUCACGUUAGGCAAGGAUACAUCAGAUAAUGCUCGAACCCUGAAUGAGCUUGGAGUUCUCUAUUACCUGCAGAAUAAUCUUGAGACAGCAGAGCUUUUCCUGAAGCGCUCCUUGGAAAUGCGGGAGCGAGUCCUGGGAUCUGACCACCCAGACUGUGCGCAGUCCCUGAACAACCUGGCAGCCCUGUAUAAUGAGAAGAAGCACUAUGACAAGGCUGAGGAGCUCUAUGAGAAAGCUUUGGACAUCAGGAGGAGAGCCUUAGCUCCAGAUCAUCCCUCUUUGGCUUACACUGUGAAACACCUAGCAGUGCUGUACAAAAAGAUGGGAAAACUUGACAAGGCUGUUCCUCUGUAUGAGCUAGCAGUUGAAAUUCGACAGAAGUCAUUUGGCCCAAAACACCCAAGUGUAGCAACUGCUCUGGUAAACCUGGCUGUCCUUUACUGUCAGAUGAAAAAACAGAUUGAAGCUUUGCCUCUCUAUGAACGUGCACUAAAGAUUUAUGAAGACAGCUUUGGUCAAAUGCAUCCUCGUGUGGGGGAAACACUGAAAAACUUGGCUGUGCUAAGCUAUGAAAGGGGAGACUUUGAGAAGGCAGCUGAACUUUACAAGAGAGCUAUGGAAAUAAAAGAAGCAGAGACUUUGUUGAUAGGUGGAAAAGCAACUUCCCGACACUCAUCAAGUGGAGACACAUUCAGCUUAAAAAGUGCAUUAUCCCCAAAUGCUUUGUUGGAACAUGGACAAAGGUGAUACAAACUGGCUCCAAGAAAAGGCAGUCUCUAUUGAUAUUAGUAGACAGAAAUGUACUAAGACAAAUCCAUUUUUCUAAGGAUUAUGUACUGUUUUGGGACUGAUGCCUGUCUUCAUGAAUUCUGCCUUAACUUUGCCAACUGUAUGGGGCAAAGUGAGCUUCUUUCAUUGUACAUGGGUACACACAUUAGUUACUAGCUCAAGUUGUAGCUAAUAGCAAAAACUUGAUGCCUCCUAGCCUAAGUGCCAGGACUGUAACAAAUUAAGUUGAAUCACUUGUAUAAGCUCUAAGAGGCAUUUCUUAUUUCUGUGUUGUAACAGCAUGGCUUAGAGGAUUUGUGUAUUUUUUAAUCAUCAAUCAUUCCUGCCUUUUUACAAGCCUUUAAAGUUGUUUCUGAAGAAAUGGUAAUUUUGAAAAAAACUUUGAAAAUACUGUUUAACCUGAAGUUUUACCUGCAGGGUUAUUUCAGCUUAAGCAAACUUUCAUUCAAGGGAGUUAUGCAAAAUUAAGUGGUUUCCUUGGGAAACUGGGGUAUCUAAAUAUAUCAUCAUCAUGUACAGAUAAAGCUGUUGUAAGAUUCCACUCUGUUCAAUAAAAAUACUUCCAAUGAGGAAUCAGAAUGAGGAUGAUUAUGGCCAAUUUCCUGUUCUUAAACCUUUAGCAAUACUUUCACUGUGAUUCUUACUGAAUCCUUUAAAAUAUAAGAAUGUUUGUAUUAGCUGGGGAAAAACUAGUGAUGCACAAUAGUUUGCCAUCAGAUAAAGAAAUAUUAAUCAACUCUA